AUGUUCGAUAAUUCACUUCAUUUGAAUCGGAGGAAAAUAUUAUAAAAAGGCAAAUGGGUCAAAUAUUAAUUUUUUAAUUUACAUUUGCAUUAAUAAUAAAUAAGUUAAAUUAACAUUAAGAAGCUAAAUCUGAUGAGAUCACUGAGACUGUCCCUAAUAAUUUUUUACUAUUAUAGUAUAAUGUAAAAAUGCACCUAAACUUAAGAUGGCUCCCUCUGCAUUUAAUAAUAUAGUUAACUAAUUCAGUUAUAAGAAAAAAGAGAGAAAAUACAAUAAGCAAGCAAACAAAAAAAAAUCAUUAAUUAUUCAACCAUAAAUAAAAUUGUAGCAACAAAAUAGGUAGAAAGCCCAAAAAAAAUUCCAAGCUUUUAAUACUUUCGUCAAAUAUAAUUAUUCACUGAAAUUUGCCUAGCAUGAAACAACAACUUCAGCAUCUUCGUUACUCAUCAAAGAAACUUUCAUCUUUUGCUAAACCCGUUUUAUACUUCCUUUGUUUUCUUUUAGCUUAUUCGAUUGGUUAUCUGUCUAGCUCUACGCGUAACAAUAGCAAACCACCAGAUCAUAUAAACACUAUGGUCGCUGAUGUAAUUAACCGCGCGACAAUGAAAUCAGGCGGCGACCACAAUGAUUUUGGGGCGGUAUGUGGUGAGGCAGUUCCGCCGCAACACAUCCGUCGGAAUAUUCUGGAGCGUGUCUUUAAGGGAACAUCUCCGUGGGAGAAUUUCCCGCCAUCGAACGUGGAGAGUCUCCUCAGGAAAAAGUGGAUCAAAGGAUGGGGAUCAAACGGGGCGGUUUUUGAGAAUUUAAUCCGGAAGGUCCGACCCAAGACGAUAAUCGAAGUAGGUACGUUUUUGGGCGCAUCUGCUCUUCAUAUGUUCGAAUUGACCCGUGGAUUGGGUUUAUACGAUACUCAAAUCAUCUGUAUAGAUGAUUUUCGAGGAUGGCCGGGUUUUUCAGAUCAUUUACGGAUGAAAGAUAUGAAGAUGGUGAAUGGAGACGUUUUACUGAUGUAUCAGUUCAUGCAGAACGUGAUGCAGGCGAACGCUACGGAGUCCGUAGUGUACAUGCCUUUCUCCAGCGGAUCAGCGCUGGAGAAGCUGUGUGAGUGGGGUGUGUUUGGUGAGUUGAUUGAGGUUGAUGCUGGACAUGAUUUUCACUCGGCUUGGUCUGAUAUAAACCGCGCUUUCAAGCUGUUAAAGCCCGGUUUAGAAGGCGGAGUUAUAUUUGGACAUGACUAUUUCACCGUGGCUGAUAACAGAGGAGUGAGAAGAGCUGUCAAUUUGUUUGCUCGUGCUCAUAAUCUCACUGUUCAAGUUGAUGGACAGCAUUGGGUUUUCUAUAUUAACAAUCGUUUGUGAUCAUACUGAUAUAUUGAUGGAUUGUAUAAGCUAUUGUAAAACAAAGAGUUACAUUUACUUGAAGCUAAUUGAGAGAUGUGUACAUAUUAUAUUGCUAGACUAUAUUUGAUCUUCUAUGAAACCAUAUACUAGACUAAACUGAAUUCUGUAACGCCCAAAAUUAUCUAUCUAGUUGAUUAUAUUCAAUGUUCGAGUAGUGGGAUUCAAAAUAAAAA